ACUUUUUUCAUAGAACAGAAAAGCACAAAAGGGGUUGUUGUGGCUGUAAUUAUUACUUGUAUCGUAAAGAAGCAGCAACGUUUGGAUCAGUUAAAGCUCUUCAUUAAGCACAUCUAGUAACGACUCUUUAGUUGUUGAGAUGGCGAAGAAGGUGGAUGAUUGUGAGUUUUGGCUUCCUUCAAAGUUUCUGACGGAUGAUUUUGGAUCCGGGUUUAACCCGUUUGGAACUCACUCGGAUCUGAGUUCGCCGGUGGAGUCUGUGAUCGGGUCAGUAGAUACAGAGAGUGAUGAAGAAGAGUAUAUUAAUGGGUUAACUCGGAAAAUGGCUAACUCUGCACUUCAGGACUCUGGGUUCGGCUAUGGAAACACCAAGGGUUGGAGUUUAUCAUGUUCGCCUCAGUCGACGUUAUACGGGUGCAAGCAGGGAUCAAGCCAUGGAAGCCCAAACUGUCCUUCACAGGCCUCUUCCCCGCCGCCGGUGAACCAAAGGGAUAGAGCUUUUGAUCAAUUUUAUGCGGCUGCCGGAGAAGUCGCGAGGAUUAGGAUGAUGGAGGAAGCUGCCGGACUUUAUCAGACAAAAACUGGAUUGCCCCCAAAAUAUUCAAAUCAGCCGUCGCUCUCUUACCAGCAGUUGCAAAUAGCUCAAUUUCAGCGAUUGAAACAGCAACAGUUAAUGAAGCAAGGCCAUGGAGUCUUGGGUUCUGGUAAAGGUGGAUUUGAGCAGUAUCCGCUGAACCAGAACCACCAGCAAUUCUCUCAUAGCAGAGGCCAAAAUGGAGCUGCUAGACCUAUGAAUUCUUCAAUUUCUAGUUGGUCUUCGUUGCAACAAUCUCAGUUUCAGCAGCAGCCUGGCUCAGGCAUGCGCGCUGUUUUCCUGGGAAAUCAAAAUCCAAAAAGAGAGUGCGCUGGAACUGGUGUUUUCUUGCCCAGAAGAAUUGGGACACAAGCUGAAACUCGAAAGAAACCAGCAGGAUGUUCAACAGUUUUACUACCAGACAGAGUGGUCCAGGCCCUGAACUUGAACUUAGAAGCUAGGCAACAGAAUAAUCAGGUUCAAGCCACAUGUUAUCAAGGCAGAACCGGGUUGAUUCGUUCCAAUGGUUUGCAAUAUCCAAAUAAUACGGCAGUGGCUCAACCCAGACGUAAUUUGAGAUCGGGCAGUACAUACUCACGACCACCAACGAUGUCACAAGAGCUACUUCUUCCGCAGGAUUGGACUUACUGACGAAGUUUUAGAAGCAGGGGAGAUUUUGUUUACUAGUUCUGGAUAGUGGUGUUAGAUAGUUAAAUCAUAUAAGAAGAUGAAAGAUUGUUUAGAAUCAAAAGAAAUCCAUGUUUUUUGUUUGGAUAGUGUGUAGGGAAUCAAAAGAAUAUAAGUUUUUGCUUGGAAUUACAACUUACUUUCUAUACUUUUGUUGCCAGUGUCUCUGGGUGUUUUGCAGAAAAAUGAUGAUAUUCAACUCCUCUAUGAUCUGGUAUGACAGGCAGGGGAAUUGAUCAAUAAUUAUACAUUAAUUAUGUACUUAUUUUUGUACAAAAUCUAUAG